UCUGGGAGGACGGGACGGAGCGGGGAAAAGAACCGGGACCGGGCCCGCUGAGGAGCUGGGAGAGCAGCGGAGCGAGAGCUGGGGCAGGGCGGUGGCGGGCGGUACUCUUCCACUCACCAAGAUGGAAAGCUCAGAUUCUAGUGAUAAAGGCAAUGUUGAUCAAUCAGAAGCACAACGUCAGAGCCAGCUGGAUCGGUUGGAUCGAGAAGAAGCUUUCUAUCAGUUUGUAAACAACCUGAGUGAAGAGGACUACAGGCUUAUGAGAGAUAACAAUUUGUUAGGAACACCAGGUGAAAUUACUGAAGAAGAGUUGCUGAGAAGGCUACACCAAGUUAAAGAAGGUCCACCACAGCAAAACAGUGAUGAGAAUAGAGAGUCCGCAGAAGAUGUUUCAAAUGGAGACUCCAUCAUCGACUGGCUGAAUUCAGUCCGACAGACUGGGAACACCACCCGGAGCGGGCAACGAGGAAACCAGUCCUGGAGAGCAGUGAGCAGGACUAACCCAAACAGUGGUGACUUCAGGUUUAGUUUGGAAAUAAACGUCAACCGGAAUAACGGGAACACAAAUCCGGAAACUGAGAACGAGCCAUCUGCGGAGCCUUCCAGCGGGGAGGAUCUGGAAAACAGCCAAAGUGACUCUGAAAUUCCAAGGUCUGAAUCGCCGCCAUCUGUCAGGCAGGCUGGAGCAGAGAGGAGCACUUCGGAGGAGCUGACAACCGAGGAGGCUUCACCUCCUAGAGGGCAGAGGAGAGCAAGAAGCAGGAGUCCAGAACAGCGGAGGACGCGGGCUAGGACUGAUAGAAGUAGGUCACCUAUUAAUCCAGUGAGCGAGCCGCCUCGCAGGUCUCACCACACCCCAUCAUCUCAAACACCCGAGCACUCCUCGGCCACCGAAGCCGAGGGGAGCUCCAGAACCAGGCAGCACCUGACCCUGAGGCAGCAGCACACGGCGGGGACCGAGGUGCCGGGCGACAGCCCCGUUCUGUUUCCCGGCCCAGAAACGAGGCCUCCCCCUCAGGCAGCGGGGCCUUCGGAAACCAACGGCCCCAACGAGCCCGCAGCUCCCGGGCAGAGGCCUCCAACCAUAGUCCUGGAUCUCCAGGUGAGAAGAGUUCGUCCAGGAGAGUACCGGCAAAGGGACAGCAUCGCCAACAGAACUCGCUCCAGGUCCCAGACCCCCAACAACACCGUCACCUACGAGAGCGAGCGGGGAGGGUUCCGGCGCACGUUUUCCCGUUCGGAACGGGCCGGGGUGAGAACUUACGUCAGCACCAUCAGGAUUCCCAUCCGGAGGAUCCUAAACACGGGCUUGAGUGAGACCACCUCGGUGGCAAUUCAGACCAUGCUGAGGCAGAUCAUGACGGGCUUCGGAGAGCUGAGUUACUUCAUGUAUAGUGAUAGUGAUGCUGAUCCUAGCGGCCCGGCUCCCAACCAGAACAUGGAUACUUCGGAGGCUCAGAACGGAGCCGGUGGUACUUCCAGCAGUGAAAGCACAGAUGUUAGCUCAGGGGAGGUGUACGAAGGGGGCAACGAAGGGGGGUCAACAUCUGGCACCAGACGGGAAGGGCGGAACACCAGGGGAUCGGUCACCUUUGAAGAGAGCGGCUCUCUCCCCUUCCUUAGCCUAGCACAAUUUUUCCUCCUCAACGAAGAUGACGACGACCAACCCAGAGGACUCACCAAAGAACAGAUUGACAACCUAGCCAUGAGGAAUUUUGGUGAGAGCGAUGCUCUGAAAACCUGUAGUGUCUGCAUCACGGAGUACACGGAGGGCAACAAGCUCCGGAAACUGCCUUGUUCACACGAGUACCACGUCCACUGCAUCGACCGCUGGUUGUCAGAAAACUCCACUUGUCCCAUUUGCCGCCGAGCAGUCUUAGCUUCUGGUAACAGAGAGAGCGUUGUCUGAGCGAGAUCUGGAUUGAUGGCCAAGCAGCUGGUGUGAUAGUGAUGGGCAAAGAAGUCACUUCCUUUAUGGCCACUUUUUGAGUGGUGCCUCAGUGUACAGUAAGGACUCGGAGUGAAUCUUCCCCCGCCAAUGUGUUUUCAAGCUUUUAAAAUUGGAAAGUUAAUUAGGGUGCUCAAGAUCUAGUCAAGUUCGGGUGUUAAAUUUCACUUGUCCAAAGCCAUCUGCCCACUUUAUAAUCCUUUUUUCUUUUUUUUCUUUUUUUUUUUUUUUUUUUUUUUUUUUUUCUUCAUGAAGAGUAUUAAAUUCUUUUCCCCACACCCAGCCCCUGCCAUCCCAGUCCAGCAAUCAUUUUGUCCUCAAGGUUGUGCUCAGGAGGAGUUCUCAGAGAAGUCAUCCCACCUAAACGUACGUGAGAAAUCCAACACAAGAAAUCCAACUCUCUGAAAAAAAAAACCCCAAUAAUAUGAACUGAAUUGCACACUUGAAUAUUCUUUUGAUUUUUUUUGUCCUGGGUUUAAUAUUGGACAUGUCUGUGUAAAUAACACUAACGUUAGCCCUUUCCCCAUCACUAUGGCACGCUGUAGGAUGAGCUGUUAGCUUAAUUGGGAUAUUUAUCUUGUUGUGGAAAUAUAAGAAUUGCCUAUGCUUGUUUAAAUAAAAAAAAAAAAAAAAAGGAAAAAAAAGAAAUCUGUUUUAAAAUUGUAAAGCUUUUUUGUAGAAGCUCAUUACUUUUCCAAUGCACUGUUGUACUAACGCAUUAAGAAUUAAAAUUGUACCAUGCUUAGAAAUCAA